UCUCCCGUAUCGGGUCUUCCGGUGGGCGGCGAAUCACAACCUCCCCACACGUAUUAUGGCCAAGUCCACUACCAAAUACACCAACCACAUCCUGGUUUCUCCAUUCUCAGCUCUGGCGAUCUGGAUUUAACGGCCUCCUUCUCCUCAGCCAAAGUCAUCUCACUAUCUCACUCCAGUGCAAUAGCAUUCCUCUUCUGUUCAUUACUCCGUGAUCCUUGUGCCCUGGGAACACUCUUACCCUCACAUAUCUAUCCAUUUACCUCGACACCAUGUCGUACAUAGUCGGCCUCAACAGCGGCUCAUCUUUUGAUGGCGUCGAUGCCGUCCUCUGCAAAAUAUCCCUCGCAGAGGACGGUCACCCAGCUCGGCCAGAGUACAUCGACGGUCUGACGGUCGAUUGGCCACUGGAGUUGCAGCCCCUCAUCCUCCGCGCAUUCGACAACGACCUCACCAUCUUUGAGAUGACAAGACUAAAUUACGUUGCUGGUGCCCUCUACGCAGAAGCAGCCAACUCCAUCAUCAAGAAGAACAACCUGAAGCCCCAAGACGUACACGUCAUCGGGUACGACGGCCAGACCAUCUACCAGGAGCCGCCAGAUCGCGUCAAGGAGCGCAAGUACGUGCAGAGCGGCAACAAGAGCCUGGUAGACCUGUGGUUGAAAGGCGGCUACGCCUGUGGCUUCUUCAUCGCCGAGUCCGGCGUGGUGGCCGCCCUGACAGACGUGGACACGGUGACGCAGUUCCGGCCCAUCGACCACGCCCUGGGCGGCUCGGCCGCCCCGCUGAUGCAGUACCUGGACUUUGUCUCGUUCCGCAACGACGGGCCGACCGUGACGCUCAACAUCGGCGGCAUCGCCAACCUGCAGCUCGCCGACGCGGACCGCAGCAAGAUGAUGGCUUUCGACACGGGCCCGGGCAACGUCAUGAUGGACCACGUGGUCAAGGCCCGGACGGGCAAGGCCUACGACGCGGACGGCGCGCUCGCCGCCCGGGGCCGGGUCAUCGGCCCGCUGCUGGACGAGCUCCUGACGCACGGCUUCUUCGCGCGCCAGCCGCCGCGCUCGGCGUGGCGGCUCGACUUCGGCGCCGCGUACGCGGACCGCAUCCUCGAGCGCCACGCCGCGUCGUCGACCGAGGACGUCCUGGCCACGCUGACGGCCUUCACGGCCCGGUCCAUCGCCCGCAGCCUCGCCGACUUCAUCCUGCCGCGCACGCCCGUCGUGCGCGUCAUCGCGUCGGGCGGCGGCACGAGGAACGCCACGCUGAUGAGGGACCUGCGCGCCGAGGUCGGCGCGCUGGGGCUGGAGGUCGCCGUCAGUGACGAGUUUGGCAUCCCCGCCGCGUACAAGGAGGCCAUCAAGUUCGCGACGCUCGCGUUUGCUAAUAAGAGGGGUCUGGCAAAUAACAUCCCCGCCGCUGGGGGGGCUGUCAAGUACGCCGUGCUUGGAAAGCUCUCACUCGCCCCCUGGAGGGCUAAGAAUGGCGGGGAGGUUAUUGGGAGAGCUGAGAAGGUGUUGGGGUUGGGAAUUGCUGACGGAACUACGAACGGAACUACGAACGGAACUACGAAUGGAACCAACGGUGUGCAUAGGGUCAACGGGGCGCGUUAAGGCAAUAGAAGGUCAUGUAGCAAGAUGUGUCUGAAGGAGGAAGAUGUUUUGAACCUUGUUCUCACCAGCAUACCGAUGUGAUAGAGGGUGUAUUUUAGCCAAAACACAAUCACUACAGCGAGUGGGCUUCGUUGAGAUAUGAUUAUUCUGUCAGCACUGGCUCUC